GGUCUUUGGAGCGUUGAAGUCACCUACCGGCAGAGAAUAAGUGAAGUGGUAGCUGGAGAGGAGUUGCUCAUGGGUUCGUAUGAGGAAUUGGUCAUCUUCAGGAGGAUUCGAAAGGCUACGGUAGAUCAAACCGAGAAGGAAAUGAUCGGACCGGCGAAGCGGGAAUCGGGUCCACAGAGUAUCGGGAGAAGGUGCAGAAGUAGUAUCAGAGAGGACAAUCGAGAUGGGCAGGGCCGCAUCUUAACCCAAGCCAAGGACGAAGGACACAUAUCGGAUGCCAUAUUUUUCGACUUCUCAAAAGCAUUUGAUGGGGUCCCACACGUCCCGCUGCUCCACAAACUCGAGUCUUACGGGAUUCAAGGGAAAAUCCUUCGCUGGAUCAAGGCGUUCCUAUCAGACAGGUCAUUCCGAGUGAGAAUAGGCUCAACCUAUUCCUCUCCAGCGCCGGUCUCCAUUGGAGUUCCUCAAGGCUCCGUCUUGGGACCACUCCUGUUUCUGAUCUACGUCAACGACCUCCCAGACGUUCUUGCGAGUCCAUGUUUACUUUUUCCGGACGACUUGAAAUCCUGGAGUUCCAAUGCCAGCGCCCUCCAAAUGGAUGUAGACGCUGCCAAGCAGUGGUCGUUGAACUGGCACCUUCCUCUGAAUGAUGAAAAGUGCCUCCAUGUGUCGUUUGGUGGGGAUUCAGCGAAUGCCUUUGUUAUGCAUGGUGAAAAGGGACCAGAAAAAAUCAUGAGGAUAGAUGCCAAAAAAGAUUUAGGCAUCUGGGUCUCCUCAAACAUGGCCUUCGCACUACACCAUGAGAAAUCGGCCCAAAAGGCAUUCGCCGUUUUACGGAUGAUCCGACGCACCUUCUCCCGUAUUACUCGCAUGGACUUCCAAAUACCCUAUGGGGCCUACGUCAGACCGCUCCUGGAGUACGCCAACCAAGUUGUCUACUCAGGACGCACGAAAUACAUCACCCUCAUUGAGCGUGUCCAGCGGGCAGCUACGAGAAUUGUUGCCGGCCUUAAAUCCGUGGACUACGAAACGCGUCUCGCGAUGCUUGAUCUCUUUACCCUGUAUUACCGUCGUCUCCGACGGGACCUAAUUCUUACUUACGCUCUGUUUGAACAAAGGUAUAUUCGGAAAUCAGACUCCCCACCAUUUGCGCAGUUACAAGUUCGAGUUACCCUCCCGGAGUCCGUGCUGGAGUUCAAAAUGAAACCCAACUCCAGUGGUCGACAGCUUUUCAAUCAGUUACAAGUUCGAGUUACCCUCCCGGAGUCCGUGCUGGAGUUCAAAAUGAAACCCAACUCCAGUGGUCGACAGCUUUUCAAUCAGGUUUGUACCACUAUCGGUCUGCGGGAAGUUUGGUAUUUCGGCCUGCAAUAUAAUGACUCCAAGGGCCUUACUAAGUGGGUGAAGCUAGACAAGAAGAUUUCUCCAGUUUCAAAAUCAAAGGAUGCGCGGAUGGAGUUUAUCUUCAGAGUAAAGUUCUACCCGGAAGAGGUUUCUGAAGAACUAAUCCAAGAAGUUACACAACGCUUGUUUUACUUUGAAACUGUGAUAAUGGGAUCCCCUCCGACCUCAGAAGUAUCCGAGUGUGUAUCUCUGCUCAAGCGUCAUCGUGCUUCCGGUUCUGAUCGCCUUCCACCUGUCCUGUUCGAGGAUCGCGGUGAAUCUAUAGCUUGUUUGCAUCCAUCGGUAGAAGGACACCGUUCCAGACCAUUGUGUUUGGUCAACAGUACGGCCCAUCUUUGGAAAGUGUACCACAAUGAUGUGCGUCCGACUUCCUCUGUAACGAGGCCUCUGACAACACUGAUUCUUUAUCAUCUUACGGUGGCCGGUGAAACUUUGACGCGGGAUUUCCCUGGGCUACAGGCUUCACCAGCCACAUCUCACCGCCUCAGCAUUCGCUCACAGUAUAGCCUGUCCGAUGAGGAGUGGGAAACAAAGAUCGCCAAAUGGCACGAACAACAUGGGGAUAUGUCGAAACAGGAUGCGAUCAUGGAAUAUCUCAAAGUCGUGCAAGACUUGGAGAUGUAUGGGGUGACGUAUUUUCCUAUAAAAAACAACAAGCAAACCCCACUCUGGCUGGGUGUUGAUGCACUUGGACUCAAUAUUUAUGAACAGGAUGAUCGCCUCACUCCGAAAAUCAACUUCCCGUGGAAUGAAAUCCGGAAAUUGCAAUAUAGUCACACGAAGUUUUCCGUCAAACCUUCUGAUCCUUCCGGUCAGGAUUUGUCCUUCUACUGUGAAUCCAAUGCUUCCUGCAAGCUGGUUCUCGCUCUCUGUACCGGAAACCAUGAACUGUAUGCCCGUCGCCGUGGUCCAGAUUCAAUCGAAGUACAGCAAAUGAAAGCCCAAGCGAAAGAGGCGAAGACUGCUCGUGAUGCAGAACGCGAAAAACUGCUGGCCGAACGACGUGCUCGUGAACUAAUGGAGGAGCGCUACUUGAAAAUGGAGCGUGCGAUGCAAGAGCAAGAACUCGCAUAUGAGAUCUCUCAGUCAGCUCUGACAGAUUACCAGCGUAAAGUGAAGGAGCUAGAAGCACAGUUGGAGGAAGAGAAGCGAAUCCAUCAAGAGUUGAAGGACAUGCAGAAUCACCUGGAAGAGGUUAACCGCCAAUUGGAACUGCAAAGCGCUGCUUCGUAUGAUGAACGUGCUCGAUUAGUAGCGGAACGCGAUACAAUCAUGGCUCAAAUCGAACAACAGCGAGAGCUGAUUCAAGCACAAGAAGAAGAAAAGCGUGCCAUUGAGGCUCAACUCGCUCUCGGGGCGCAAAACCGCAUGAAUGGGGAUGAGAGACGUCUUUCUGGAGGUGAGCAAAGCGCUGCUUCGUAUGAUGAACGUGCUCGAUUAGUAGCGGAACGCGAUACAAUCAUGGCUCAAAUCGAACAACAGCGAGAGCUGAUUCAAGCACAAGAAGAAGAAAAGCGUGCCAUUGAGGCUCAACUCGCUCUCGGGGCGCAAAACCGCAUGAAUGGGGAUGAGAGACGUCUUUCUGGAGAGCAAGAAUUGGAAGCUCUGGACAACCUUCGGCCAGAGGCUGAGCGACAGGCCAUGGCAGUUACCGAUAUAGAUUAUGCGAAGCGAUUGGAAAUAAUGCGACUUGAACUGGAUCCCGCACGUGACCGCAACAAAUUGCAACAGGUUGAUAUCCGCUAUGAGGAGAAUAUAAGCCGAGGAAUGGACAAAUAUCGCACUCUUCAUGCCAUUCGACAAGGAAAUACUAAGAAACGUGUGGAGCAGUUUGAGUCCAUGUAGCGAACCGUGGGUUGGUCUUCGUACACGACUUCUCAUAUGUCAAUUUCGAGCUUGCUAAGUACCCACCUGGGUUUGGCCGCAGUGCUUGAUCUCCAUGGACUUGUCACUCAUGGCACGCAUGGAACUAUACCCUUUUUCUACUUCUUUCUACUGCAAGGGGCUCUGCUUUCAUAUGUUUUUUAGCUGCGGGGCGGCUCCGUUUCUUUGUGCUAGAUAUGUGUUCUGUCUCCCAAUUUCCAUUUAAGCUUUGAUUACGGUGCUUCUAUUCACUAUUUUUCACUGAUCCUCGCGCAUUCCAUCGAUUUGAUACGCUUCCGAUUUCCAGCUAUAUAAGCUACAUAUUCUAUCUGUGCCUUGCAAUGAUUCUACCCGGUACACGGACUUUAAGUGCCUUUGUUGCAUUCCUUUCUCCGUACUGACACAAGAGAGGACUAUGACAACGGGCUAUUCCUGUUUCUACAGAUCACCCUUACUAAUACGUUUGUUUCUCCUCAGUUGGUUCAUUUUACUACAUUUUUGCAGCCAUCUGGUUUACAGUACGUGUUUUCCUUUUUCCCUACUAAAGCUUAUAAACCACAAUUUUGGGUGUUCUGCAUUUCCACUGACU